CCCACGUCGCAUCCCGUGCUCGCAUCUCAUCCUCCUCCCUCCUCCUCCUCCGGCUCUAGUUUUUCUUUUUUUUCCUCGUGGUGACUGUGCUGUGUGUGCAGGAGGGAUAUGCUCUGUCUGUGAGCUUUUCUUUUUUGGGAGUCUCAAGGUCGAGCCGGGCAUCAUGACUUUUAAAUGACCACCAUGCCACAACCACCGGUGUUAUAACACGACUCGUCUCAGUCCUCCACCACAACCACUACCAGCACCACCAGCUGCAGCAGCUCCAGCACCACCACCCCUUCAGGGAAAACUACCACCACCUGCUGACGCAUCUCGCACCAUAUGACCGUCUCAAAGAUGACAUGGCGUCCUCAGUACCGCAGCUCCAAGUUCCGCCACGUGUUUGGUAAGGCCGCCACCAAGGAGAGCUGCUAUGAUGGUGUGCCAAUCACACGCAGCGUACAGGACAACAACUUCUGUGCUGUCAACCCACGUUUCCUGGCAGUCAUCACUGAGUGUGCUGGGGGAGGGGCCUUCCUGGUCCUGUCUGUCCAUCAUACAGGUAAAGUGGACCCUCACCACCCCAGAGUGUCGGGCCACAGAGGCAACGUGUUAGACGUCAAAUGGAAUCCCUUCAACGACUAUUGCAUUGCCUCCUGCUCUGAGGACACCACGGUGAAAGUGUGGGAAAUCCCUCCUCAUGGUGUGUUCAAGAACCUUACAGUACCGUGGAAGGAGCUUCAGGGUCACAGCCGCAGAGUGGGCCUCAUCGAGUGGCACCCGACUGCUAACAACAUCCUCUUCAGUACGGCCUAUGACUACCAGGUGAUGAUCUGGAACCUGGACUGUCCAGAGCAGGUGGUCAAGAACCCUGUGCGGACAAUCAGCCACCACACAGAUGUCAUCCUCUCCAUGUCUUUCAACACAGAUGGCAGCCUCUUCGCCACCUCCUGCAAGGACAGGAAGGUCCGGCUCAUAGAGCCACACUCAGGAAACCUGCUGCAGGAAGCAAACUGCAAGACGCACAAAGCCAGCAAGGUGCUGAUCCUGGGUAACAUGAAGAUGCUCCUCACAACAGGCACUUCACGUUGGAAUGAUCGACAGAUAGCUCUGUGGGAUCAGGACGAUCUGUCUGUGCCUCUGUUACAAGAGAACCUGGAUGGUUCGUCAGGAGUCCUUUUUCCUUUCUACGACCCUGACACACACAUGCUCUACAUUGCUGGGAAGGGUGACGGAAAUAUCAGGUACUAUGAGGUCAGCUCAGAAAAACCCUAUAUCCACUACCUAACAGAGUACCGCUCGCACCUACCUCAGAAAGGAAUGGGUGUGAUGCCAAAGAGAGGUCUGGAUGUGAGCUCCUGUGAGGUGUUCAGGUUCUACAAACUGGUGACAAUCAAGAGUCUCAUUGAGCCUCUUUCCAUGAUUGUGCCCCGCAGGUCGGAGUCGUACCAAGAAGACAUCUAUCCAAUGACGGCUGGUAACAAGCCUGCUUUAACUGCAGAGGAGUGGCUCAGUGGCAUCAAUAAAGGCCCAGUGCUGAUGUCUCUGAAGCCUGGAAGUCAAGUAGCAGAGUCAUAUUCAGAGAUGAGCAAGGGGCUGGGAAACUCGCGGGACACUCGCAGGUCUCAGAGCAGACCAAACAUGCUACAGCUGGCGUACAUUCAGGACCAACUGGGAACCAAAGACAGCAAGGAGGACGGUGGCAAUACAGAGGACGACAGGAGUCGGACACCCGUCAGCAACGGAGAAGACCUCGCACUUUGUUCUCCCCCAAGUACAGAGAAUGAGCUGCGUCUGAAGUUCCACAAGCAGCAGGAGGAAAUCCGACGGCUGAGGGAGCUUCUCAACCAGAGGGACGUGCGCGUCAAACAGCUGGAGCUGGAGAUUAAGAACAUCAAAAACACCCAGUCUCAGAGCUCACUUUAAGACUUGCCCGACCUAUGGAGUCACCUUCACCCACUCAAGGGAACACAUGCAUUACUGUACAAACCCCAUUUUCAAACCGCCAUACCCCUCUUAGGGUCCUGACUCACCUCUUAUCCUUUAAUGAGCCCCCCAUACUCACUGUACAGGGGUGAUUUAAAUCUCAACAUGUUUUCUUUCAAUCUGUCAAUUCCACACAAGGUGCACAUAUUCUUUGUCCAUGUACAUGCACUCAAACACUGAGUCCCAACUGUAACAUGUUGUAAAACUCUUUGCACCUGUUGACCUUUACCCCAUUUCUUUUGUAUGCUUCACAGCUAUGCAAGUUUAUUGUAAUUUUUAGCUUUUUUAUGCUGAGAGAUAAAAGGAUGUUUGUGUGUGUCUUGACUGAAUGAUGUGACUGUGACUGCGCGUUGGUUUGAAAGUUGUUGCAGGGCAGGUGCAGACAUCCUGUGUGAUUGUGCGAUAACACUGAUCCUCCCCCCCAAUAUUUAAACUACUGUAAGUGGAGAUGGCUGUGGUGUUUUAAUGUAUGUGUGCUUGAAUGAAAAUGAUCUAAAUGAAUGAAAAAUAUCAUGAUCCCAGCUGUAUUCUUAUGUUCCACUGAGCUGCAUUUGUUUUUAUUUUUGAAUGACUGGAAAAUUGGUGAAAAAUCAAUCUGUUUCACAGCAGCUACUGUGUAAGCCAAUUCUGUAACUGAUGCCAUGUAGCAGUUUUGAUCUUCAUUUUUAUAUAUAUAUUUUUUUUUAAUACAGUCAAAGAAAAUACCAUUUAAUUAAGUACUUGAAUUCGCGAUUGUUAUUUGUAAUGCAAACUGUUUAAAAAGGACAAAAAAGCCUGUUUGCUUUUUCCUGAUGUGGAGUCACUGUGAAGAAACAAUUUAAAGCCAUUGUAGAGCCAGAGUCCUGCACCAAUUCUGGGUUACAUUGUGUUCCACUAGCUUUCAGUUCUGAAUGUAUUUUACUGUGUUUUAUUGCUCUCUGUAAAAACCUGAAACAUGACGCUGGGGUUUUCUGUAUUUUAAGCUGAAAGGGUAUCUUCUACUGUAGUGGUUAGUAAAAUCUAAGCACCUUGCAACCCUAAUGAGUGAUAGUGUCAGUUAGAGAUAUGAUGAUAUAUAUUGUGAGAUGGUAGAAAAUUUGCCAUACCUUUUAUACCAUGGUAGCUAUACCUUUUUAGUAUCUCAAAAACCUAUUGAUAUGUCAGUUAUUUAAUUUACUGGAUUAGACAAAAAACAUUCCCAUUUUAUUCAUAUACAGUUUCUCAGUAUAAGUUUAACACAUUUUCCAAUAAAUGUUAUAUAUCGUUAUAUAUCAUAAUAUUAUAAUCUAAAAUUAGAUACAAAUGAUAGGAUUUUAUUCAUAUUGCCCACUCCUAAGCAGGAGUUGGCUGUAGUUGUUGAAUGAUAACAAAAUAAUUAUUGAGCUUGAGAACAGUUCAUUCCAUCUCCACUCAAGGUCACUUAAUCACCUGUUCUGGAGCUUUAAAUGGUCUUCAUUAGCAGAUGAAGUUUGUAGGUAAGUGUCAACUGUUAUUUCCAAGGUCAAGAAUGAGUUGUCAAGCUCAAUUUUAAGCCAACAGGGAUUAGAAGUCCUAGUACAGAUAAGUAUAUAUUCCAACAGAGAUUCCCAGUAUGAUGUUUCAGCUUUGAAAGAAAACCCUUUGUGUGAAAUUACAUAGUCUGGAUGAGGCUGGUGGAACAGAAGUGAGCUCAACAGGGGGACAGGUCUUUAUGUCUUAAUAUGAACAUUUUACUUAAAUGUGACAGGGAACUCAUCAAUGUUUUGUUAAAUGCUUAGCUGUGAUGAUCUGUCAAUGCAACCGCAAAGACUUAAAUAACUAAAAUGUACGUUGAGCAGUUGGUGAAGUCCAUCCUAAUGACAUAUAGAAAUGUGUUUUCCCUCAGGGAACUUCUGAAUGGUGGUCAUAGUUUUUGCCACAGCGCUGUCGGACCAGUUUCUCAUACAGGAUUUGUUGCUUUCAGAAUUGAGGCAGUUGAUCUUGGCCUGCAUUUUGUUUUCAACAAACUAAAAGAGAAAACAUUCCCUAGUCAUUUAUCUCAAAGUUGAGAGGAACAGUUCUCUUACUAGCAUGUAAAUAUGCAUAGAUGUCACAUUACCGCUUGCAGAUAUUAGGCAACACAAACAAUAUUGAUCCUAAGAUAACCAGUCAAAUGCAGCACAAAUUACCAUGCUUGCCUGUUUUUAUGUAGUCAGAGGCACAAGCACCAUAAUGAUAUUAGAUUUGGCUUACAUUUCAUGGCCACGUGUCAAAGAUGUAACACAUGGAAACUGCCACACCAACUCACACACACAGAAACACUGGCCUCAAUACAAUUGCAAACCUUUUGACCUCUGGCAGGACAAUUCUAGCACAGCUUCAUCUCUGACUGACUUUUGUCCAGGAGCAGCAAUGGCCAGCCAGUGUAAACUCUAACCACCACUGCUGUUGGUGGACAAGUCUCAACACAUUCCUACAAUGUGCUGCUGUUUUUACAGUUGGUCAGUGGACUUGCUCAAGGGCUGAUGUGGCUGUUCGUUCACAUCACAACAGUUUAAGGUGACAGGUUGCUUACUUACUUACAUUUAGCUUCUUAUCUGUCACAGAGCCAUUCCAACUAGCUUAAUCGUGCCCAUGUUUCACAUAGAAUUUAUUCAAAUGGAUUUUUUCCUAUCCAAAAAAAGAUUUUAUUUGAAUUUUAUAGCAUUUCUGCCUCUCAGAAAUCUGCCUGCAAAUGAAAAAAAUCAUUGUUUGAAGUCUGCCAAAAUUGUGCAUUUAAAGAACAAUCGUUGGUUAGCUUGGGAAUUCAAGGCUUGAUGCAGUUUGUAUCACAAAUAAAUACUGCAUAUCUCUAACUAAAUAAUAAUAGCCACUGCCAUUUUUGAGCCCAUUUCUUCAGCACUAUUUUAUAGUGACUGAACUGUCAACAGCAGAAUUUGUGUUAUACGCUCUUUACUGCUGCCCCAUUUCACUACCUGUGUGCCCACAUACUACGGAAGCCCAAAAUGUUCAAUAUUAAAUAAAUAAAUAAAAAAGACAAUGGAUAAAUAGUCAUAUGAAUACAUUUUAUUUCACAAUGUCACUUUUCAUGACAAGGGUGUUGUCACUGCCCUCCCACCUUUCAGCCAAUCACGUACACACUGCUUCUUAAACUAGCAAGGUCAACAACUGCUACCAAAUUUAGCCAGUUAGCUCCUGUUAGCUAGAGCAACAACAAUGCUAACGUUAUUCUGAAUCAACCAGCUAGAGGCUGCUGCUGUAAAUAAACACAGUAACUAAACUUCUGUAGCUUUUAAGCCUUAGCUUAGCAAGGCUGCUCGUGCUACCUAGCUAGCUAGGCCGGCUUGUGAGCUUAUAUUAGCUAGCUCUGUUGGCAGGAACAACCACAGAGUCUUUUUUUCCACCUACACUGAGUUGUGUGUCUUUUUCUGAGGAACAUCUUAACUCUGAAUUAACUAGCUACCUGCUGCUGUUAAUACUGCCUCUUCACAUUGAUGCUUAGUGAUAACCCAAACUCACAACCCUGUCCAGCUAGUUAACUAGAUAGGUAGGUAUGUGCAACCUUGUUAAGCUAAAUAAAUAAUAAAGAUUUUAGUUUCUG